AUGGCUGCUACCAACAAGAAGAGUAAAACUGGAUCAAUACGAUCGAUUUUCAUGCAUGCAGACAGGCUAGAUUGGUUGUUGAUGGUUCUCGGGUUAUUUGGAUCCAUUGGUGAAGGGUUCUCUACCCCCUUUGUUUUUCUUGUGGCUAGCAAAUUGAUGAACAAUCUUGCCGGUUCAGAUUCUGCUACAGAUGCCUUCUCUGACAACAUCAAUAAGAAUGCAUUGGCGCUCUGUUACCUGGCUUGUGGACAAUGUCUUGUUUGUUUCAUAGAGGGAUAUUGUUGGACAAGAACAGGUGAAAGACAAGCUACAAGAAUGCGAUCAAGAUAUUUGAAAGCAGUGUUAAGGCAAGAAGUGAGCUACUUCGAUUUGCAUGUAACAAGUACAGCCGAAGUCAUCACUGGUGUCUCUAAUGACAGCUUUGUAAUCCAAGACGUUUUAAGUGAAAAGGUGCCAAACUUUUUGAUGAAUGCUGCCACAUUUGUUGGGUGCUAUGUAGUGGCGUUUUUAAUGCUAUGGAGACUAGCAAUUGUAGUGUUGCCAUUUAUACUGCUCUUGGUGAUUCCUGGUGUAAUAUAUGGAAAGAUUCUGAUGGGAUUAUCAAGAAAGAUGAAACAAGAGUAUAGUAAGGCAGAAACAAUAGCGGAGCAGGCAAUAUCUUCGGUGAGGACAAUCUAUGCCUUUGUUGGUGAAAGCAAAGCCACAGCUGCAUAUUCUGCAGCUCUACAAUUGCCAGUGAAGUUGGGGUUGAGGCAGGGUUUGGCUAAGGGGUUGGCUGUUGGCAGCAAUGGUGUUGUUUUCGCUGUUUGGUCAUUCAUGUCUUACUAUGGUAGCAGAAUGGUCAUGUACAAUGGUUCUCAAGGGGGGACUAUUUUCAAUGUUGGCGCCUGUGUUACGGUGGGGGGCCUAGCACUUGGAGCUGGUUUAUCCAAUAUGAAGUACUUCGCAGAUGCAUUUUCUGCUGGAGAACGUAUUAUGGAAGUGAUAAGAAGAGUCCCCAAAAUAGACCUAGAAAACAUGGAAGGUGAAAUUUUGGAUAAUGUUAGAGGGGAAGUCGAAUUCAGACAAGUAAAAUUUGCGUACCCGUCAAGGCCAGAAAGCAUUAUUUUUGAAGGUUUUUGCCUACAAAUCCCAGCAGGGAAAAGUGUGGCCUUGGUUGGUGGUAGUGGGUCAGGCAAAUCAACAGUGAUAGCAUUAUUACAAAGAUUUUAUGACCCACUUGGCGGAGAAAUACUUCUUGAUGGAAUUGCUGUUGAUAAGUUGCAACUCAAGUGGCUAAGGUCACAAAUAGGUUUGGUGAGCCAGGAGCCUGCACUAUUUGCAACAACAAUUAAGGAGAACAUACUUUUCGGCAAAGAAAAUGCAACGAUGGACGAAGUUGUUGAAGCUGCCCAAGCUUCUAAUGCUCAUAAUUUCAUUUGCCAGUUACCUCAAGGGUACUCUACCCAGGUUGGUGAGAGAGGUACUCAAAUGUCAGGAGGGCAAAAGCAAAGAAUUGCUAUUGCACGAGCAGUAAUCAAAUCACCUAGAAUCCUCCUCCUCGACGAGGCUACAAGUGCAUUAGACUCAGAAUCCGAACGUAUUGUCCAAGAAGCCCUAGACAAAGCAUCCCUAGGGCGAACCACGAUCAUCAUUGCUCACCGACUCUCCACCAUUCGUAAUGCAGAUGUCAUUGCUGUGGUCCAAAAUGGUCAGGUCAUGGAAAUUGGGUCUCACAAUGAAUUAAUCGAAAAUGAGUGUGGUAUAUACGCCUCCCUAGUUCGUCUUCAACAAACACAAACCGAAAAACCUAAAGAAAAUGUCACUACAACUUCAGUGUCCUCACCAGUUAUCACAGUAAUGAACACUACUAAAACUAGUGGUCGAAGAUUAUCACUAGGGCAGAGAUCACGUUCUGCCAAUUCGGUAGCACCAACUCAAGUUUCAAUCAGUACUGAAGAAAAUGUAGUGAUGGAAGAGCAAAAAUUUUCGGCACCAUCAUUUCCAAGAUUGUUGGCACUGAACUUACCAGAAUGGAAGCAGGCAAGCUUUGGAUGUAUAGGUGCAAUUUUAUUUGGUGGCGUUCAACCAGUAUAUGCAUUUGCAUUAGGGUCAAUGAUAUCCGUGUUCUUUUUGAAAGAUCACAACGAGAUUAUGGAGAAGAUAAAGAUUUAUUCUUUUUUCUUUUUGGGGUUGACAUUUUUCUCGUUGAUCAUUAACGUGAUUCAGCAUUAUAGUUUUGCAUACAUGGGUGAGCAUUUGACGAAGAGGAUUAGAGAGAGGAUGCUUUCAAAGAUUCUCACUUUUGAAGUUGGGUGGUUUGACCAAGAUGAGAACUCAAGUGGUUCAAUUUGCUCAAGACUCACCAAGGAUGCUAAUGUGGUGAGAUCACUAGUGGGUGAUCGAGUGGCUCUUGUUGUUCAAACAAUCUCAGCAGUAACCAUAGCGUGGACCAUGGGUUUGGUAAUUGCUUGGAGGCUUGCCAUUGUGAUGAUAGCAGUCCAACCCCUCAUAAUUGCCUGUUACUAUACCCGUCGUGUUCUACUCAAAAGUAUGUCCAGAAGGGCUAUCAAAGCCCAAGACGAAAGCAGCAAGCUUGCUGCAGAGGCUGUUUCCAACCUACGAACCAUCACUGCCUUCUCUUCCCAAGAACGAAUCCUGAAAAUGCUCGAGAACGUCCAAGAAGGUCCACAUAGAGAGAACAUUCGGCAAUCAUUGCUUGCAGGUAUUGGGCUUAGCACUUCUCAAAGCCUAAUGUCAUGCACUUUGGCUCUGGACUAUUGGUAUGGCGGCAAACUCAUUGCUCAAGGCUACAUUACCGCAAAAGCAAUGUUCGAGACCUUCUUGAUCUUGGUAAGCACUGGUCGUGUCAUAGCUGAUGCUGGAAGCAUGACAAUGGACUUAUCCAAGGGUUCAGACUCUAUUCAGUCGGUCUUCGCUGUGCUGGAUCGACACACAAAAAUUGAACCUGAAGACCUUGAAGGUUACCAGCCAGAAAAAAUCACGGGCCAUGUAGAGCUUCAAAACGUGGAUUUUGCAUACCCAGCUAGGCCUAAUGUGAUGAUCUUCCAAGGUUUCUCAAUCAACAUCGAAGCAGGGAAAUCAACAGCAUUGGUGGGACAAAGUGGAUCAGGAAAAUCAACCAUCAUAGGAUUAAUUGAGAGAUUUUAUGAUCCACUGAGGGGGACAGUAAAAAUAGACGGUAGAGAUAUCAAGUCAUAUAACCUAAGGUCACUAAGGAAGUGCAUUGCUCUAGUUAGUCAAGAACCCACAUUAUUUGCUAGCACCAUUAAGGAAAACAUCAUAAGAAGGAUACGACACAUUUUGCGGAGAGAGGGGAGUGCAGCUAUCAGGGGGCAGAAACAACGCAUCGCAAUAGCUCGUGCCAUACUGAAAAAUCCAGCAGUGUUGUUGCUAGACGAGGCAACUAGUGCACUUGAUAGUCAGUCGGAGAAGGUAGUGCAGGAAGCAGUAGAGCAUGUAAUGGUGGGGAGGACAAGUGUGGUGGUGGCACAUAGGUUGAGUACCAUACAAAGUUGUGAUCUCAUUGCAGUUUUAGACAAAGGGAAGUUGGUGGAAAAGGGGACUCACUCCUUUUUGUUGGCCAAGGGAAAUACUGGAGCGUACUAUUCAUUGGUUAGUCUCCAAAGCAGACCACACAACACCUCAUCAUAA